AAAACAGUUACAAUUAUUUUGGCUGUAGUUUUCAGUGGUUAUUCUGCGGUGUUUUGGAGUGUCAUUCAUAAGUCGUGCAAGUUGCAAUUAAUACUUAUUAAACAAUAAAGAAAAUGUUAAUUACUUUUGGUCAUUAAAAUAUCCCACGCUUUUAAAAAUCGCUGGUGUUCUUAACAUUUUUAAAAAAGUGGGUGGGUGACCAAGUAAGAUGACUUCAGUAACCAACAGGCUGAGCAGUGUUUUUCACGUCUUCCUGUUGCUAGGCAACGGAACAGGACAAACAUGGUUGGACACAAGACGCGCUGAAAUUGCAACGCUCAAGGAAAAACGAGCAGCUUGUGAUCACAUUGUGAUAUCUUCUUCGGGGAAACAACUCUCUGCGGUCAUGCCUUAUGCAUAUGAACAGCUUUAUUCAAGACCGUUCAUCACACCCGGCUCUAACCUGCCAGAAAAUCUCCUGAACCUCUCUCACUCCUUUGGCUAUGACUGCAGGCGCAGAGCAAACCUGCAGUUGGUGCAAGACAAAACUCUGAUCUUUAUUGCUGGUCAGAUGCUGAUUUUGUUUGAUGUUAACACCAAACAGCAACGAUACAUCCGGAGCUGCAGUGGCGCUGGCAUUGGUGCAAUCGGGGUACACCCAAGCCAAGAGUACUUUGUCGUGGCAGAGAAAGGAAAAAACCCGAUCCUGAUAGUAUAUGAAUAUCCUUCAUUACAAGUAUACCGCAUUCUCAGAGAUGGUGCGGAGCGUGUGUUUAGUUCUGUGAAUUUUAACAGUGACGGGAGUCUUCUGGCCAGCCUGGCCAGUGCACCCGACUACUUGCUGACCGUGUGGAAGUGGAGGCAGGAGGAGGUGAUGCUCAGGUGCAAAGCCAUUUCUCAGGAGGUUUUCCGAGUGAGCUUCUCCCCGUACGACCCUGGACUGCUCACAUCAUCGGGAUCUGGACACAUCAAGUUUUGGAGAAUGGCCAGCACCUUUACAGGUCUCAAAUUGGAAGGACUUAUCGGCCAUUUUGGGAAAACGCCAGCUACCGAUAUCGAAGGCUACGUAGAACUUCCCGAUGGAAAGGUGGUGUCUGGCUCAAACUGGGGCAACCUGCUGCUAUGGGAAGGAAACGCGAUCAAAGUGGAGAUCUGCAGCAAGGGAGGACGCUGUUGUCACGCAGGCGUCGUCCAACCUUUUGCGUUGGAGGAUGGACAACUGAUGACCUUUGGUUCUGAUGGAGUGAUCCGGGGCUGGGACUUUGAGACAAUCGACAAGGCGGACGGCAGCGUUGAAAGCGGCAAAUUUGAGAUGGAGCCCGCGAAUGAGACGACGGUCUGGCGCCAUGCGUGUCUCUCCUCUAUAGUGAAAACCUCCCAGUCUGACUCGACGGUUUGGUUUGCUCAGGAUUCCAAUGGAGCUAUUUGGAAAGUGGAUCUCUCUUUCACAUACACCACUCCUGAUCCACAGUGCCUGUUGUCCUCCCAUGCCGGACCGAUUGAGGCUCUUGAUGUGUCAAAGUCAAGUCAUCUCAUGGCCACCACCACCCUGGACCGUUCAGUCAGAGUCUAUGACUUUCUGACAAAAAGAGAACUCGUCAGUAGCCGGUUCAAUCAAGGCGGAACCGCUCUUCACUGGGCACCGCUUUGGGUGAAGCACAGUGGAGGUUUAUUGGUGACAGGAUUUGAAGAUGGGGUGGUUCGUUUACUGGAGCUUUAUGACACCAAAGGGUUGCACAACAACAAAGGGGAUGCCCACAUUCGACUCCAACAAGCUUUCAAGCCGCAUAAUGGCCCCGUAACUUCUGUUGCGUACGAGCGCAACGGGAAAAUAUUAGCCACGGGGAGCUCAGAUUGCACUGUGUUCUUCUUUACUGUUGGAGAAAAAUAUGAGCCCAUCGGUUUUGUUCAUGUUCCGGGACCGGUGCAGUUACUGGAGUGGUCACCUCAUUCCCAUCAAGAAAACAGGUUGCUGAUCCUGUGUCAGAAUGCUCAUAUUGUCGAGGUACCGUGUCCUGAUCAGAAUACCCUGAAACCAACUAAAUCCUUCCAACUGCUAGAGCUGCCGAGAAGGUUCUUCUGCUUCAAGAGCAUCAAAUCCCAAAUCAAGAGAGCAGAGGAAAUGGCAAGACGUCAAGCUUUCGAGGUGAAGCAGCAGCAAGUGCAAGAGGACCAUCAAGGCGUGGGAGAGGAGAUGCUGGAAGAGCUUCCACCCAUUUUCAUACCUAACCCUCGUAGUCCUCUUCUCUGUGGUUUCUACUCACGGCCCGGCCAAUUCUGGCUCUCUAUGGGAGGGUUUGACUCCGGUUUCCUGUACCAUUGCAAGUUCUCCGAGAGUCAGGAUGAGAAUCCAGACCAACGUCAGGAUGAGCCAUUUGACUUCCUGACUGUCCUGAAUGCUGACAACGAUGCCAUUUGUUCGGUCACCUUCAACUCCAACAGGCAGCUCAUGCUCUGCGGCAUGCAUUCCGGCUCCAUCAGGGUUUACCCUCUUGAUCCGGACAACCACACCAUAACCUCCAUGCAGGCAUUCUGGGAACUAAGCAUCCACGACGGCACUUAUGGACACCUGCGGCACAUCCGCUGCAGCUAUGAUGACCGUUUUGUUUUGACAGCAGGAGAUGACGGGAAUAUCUUCUCCUUCAACCUGCUUCCUCAUAACGAGCUGCAGAAAGAGCUGCAGAGGAACGGGGCCGUGGUUCCUUCUCCGAGGGACGGUCUUGAGAAUGAGGAUUCGGCUCAGGACAUCGAUGACCCAGCGGCCGACAACAUAGAGACGGUCCAACAGAAGUUGGAGAAAGACCAUCGUUGUCGGGAAGCUGAGAAGAAGAAAUCUGACAAGCGGAGGAGGCUCGCUGAGAUUCGGAACAUUUUCAAAAAAUUGCUCAAGGACAACCUUGAACUGCCAGAACAUUCCCGGCUGACACUUGCGGAGUUGCAGCUGGACGCGCGUUUUGCGGAGCAGGCUGAGAAGGAGAAGACCUGGAAAUUAAAAGAAGUCCAAAAACGGAUGAGCUGGGAAGAACAACACUCCCAGAUAGCACUGAAAAAACUACAGGAGUGGUUCGGGGGCUCUCUGGAGUCCAACAAAGUCACGGUGUUUGCCAUCCGCACUGAGCGCAGAGUUUCCACGUACCGUAUUCCAGCACUUGCUUCAGUGCGGGCCCAACAGCAGAGCGGUUGCAGCGAAAGCGGCGGCCAUGAAACGGCUCCAGACGAACGCGGGGCAACCGAAGAUCAAACCGUAAAAGACGCUCCUGAAACAGACGGCGAGACGGAGGACGAUGUGCCGCACCCGCCGGUGACGCGAUCUUCGGUGGUAAAGCUGGCGCAUCGGCAGAUGGAGAGGCUCAGAAAGGCCGCCGAGAAAGCUGAACAGGCACGAGCCAAGAUCCAAAAGAGGAAGCGGGAAUGGGACAAACUUUACACGGAGAAACCCCAAAAGAACCGUGAAGAUCCGCGUGACGUGCAGGCCAUCUGCGAAGCCAGAGAGAACGUCGGGGACUUGAAACUGAAAACGGACGAAAAUUUCACCGUACCAAAAGACUUACGAAUGAACGCAGACAAAAAGCGAGCAGAGAUGGACAGCCUGGAGACCAAGGUACGUGAGAAACAGACCGAGAUGAACACAGAGAUCGUGGCCUUGAGAGACUCCAAACUUCGGCUUUUAUCAAAACUGCGGGCCGAGGCGAAGCAGUUCCAAAGGGUCCGGGCUCUUCUGCCAUCCCAUCUCCAACGCCUUCCGCCCCCUCUACCAACUAUACGUCCAGAGGAAAUCCGGGACAUGAUACCGUGCACCCGACGCAUCCUGGAGAAAUACAAGGCGCUGAGGGACCAGAGGUUUCGGCACGCAGAGCUGGAGGAUCAGGAGGGAGGCGGAGAUUUGCUCAAGCCACUGGAAAAUGAGAUGGGAGGAACGGAAGGAGUGGGAGAUGCGGCGGCACUUUUCAUUGCAGCCUUUGAAGAAGGAGAAGAGGAGGAACCCGAAGAAGAGGAAGCAGCAGAGCUGAGCGAGCUUAAGGAGAGCAAAUUGCUAUCCAUGCAGGAGUCCAUCCUGGAAAAGAUGGAGAGCAUGGUUGCUCGGUUUGACAAAGAACACUCGACGUGCCUUCAGAAGGCGCAGAUGCUGGACUGGAGGCUAAAACUCGGUCACCUCCGUCGGCUCACGCUCUAUCAGGAGCUGCUCCUCCUCCAGGAGGUGGACAAGCGUGAGGAGAUUCUCCAAGAGAAGCUCGACGCACGUGUGAAGGAAGAGAACAACUUGCUGUCUAAGUUGGAGGAGUGUAAGGAAGCGCUGGAGCUGAAGCGUAAAGCCGUAAGGAAGGCGCGGGAGAAAGAGAAGGCCGUCACAAAAGCCUUCCAGGCCUCGCUGGGUGACUGCAAGAACUAUGAAGAGUAUGUCACAAAGGUUUUCAAGAGGAAACCGAAACGCGUCAAGAAGACGGAGGAGCCGGGUGAAGAAGGAGAGGACGACUUUGACGAUUAUGAAAACUGGGAUGGUGAUGACGACGACGAUUGGGAUGCAUUGGACGGAGAAGCUGCGACGGACGAAUGCCCACCAGGCUUGGAGUCAAAGUUAUUCGAGCACAUACUGCAGCUGCGUGAACGUCGACUGGACCUGGAGGAACUGCUGACGGAAGAGAAGAAAAGCGCGGACGUUCUUGAGAGGGAACGCGACGGCCUUGUUAAGAAGCUCAAUUCGGUGAAAAUCACUCGCCAAGCGGCAGAGGAUGACUUGGAGCAAGUUAACAGGGAGAAGCAGCAGAAGAUGAACCAACUCCAUGUUGUGGUUCCUCUAAAACUGCACCAGAUUGAGUUUGAUAUCACAGUCCAGGUACCUUCGGACCACAGCCCGGCAUUGGUGCUCAACGGGACGGAGCUGCGACGUCUGCGGGAGCGAGUCCAGCAGUUGGAGGUUGAGAAGCGGCAGCAGACCGAAGUCUACAAUCAAGCAAGGCAGCAGCAUAUCAAACUCAUCCAAGAACGCAAGGACAUGAACGUCGAGAUCCAGCUGCUGGAGAAGCGUUGCAACCAGCUGAUGAUGAGAAGGUUUGGAAGGGAGGUGGAUCUGGAGGUUCUGCAAACGCUAUCCGGUAACAGGACGGUGGAGGAACUGAAGCAGGAGAAACUCCUUCAAGAAGCCGCUUACGCCAAAGAAAUCCAACAGUGGGAUGUCAAAGUCGAAAAAGCUCGCGAGGCUCUGAUGGAGAUGACGAGGAGCAACACGGAGCGACUCCUCCGCUUGAAUAGUCUCUUCGAGCAGAGGAAGGAGCUGGAGCGCAAACUCGACGCAAGACGGAAGAAAAUUGGGAAACGGCUUCAAGAGUGUAGCAGGCGAGCCGACGGAAGCGAAAUCUGGAGUCUCCGAGAGCUGGUGAGAAAGCAGUCGCAGCAGUUGGAGAAUCUCAGGAGAGAAAUCGUCUUUCUGUCCCGGCAAGGAGCCGACGGCCUCGCCGGCGGGCAAACUCAACUGCCCCCACUUGCUCAUGUCAACAAGCCAACAGUUCAGAAACACGCAAGGAAAGCAGGUAAAGCAAAUUUAAACGGGAGAGACGGGAAGGCGUACGACUGAACGUGUACAGUCGGGUCACAAAAGGAGACAACUGUUUGGGGACUAUCCACCCCCCCCCCCCCGCCCCCCC